UCCACUCUGCUACUUGUUGUUUUUCUUCUAACUCCUUGCAAAAAGAUUUCAUCUUAUUAACUAACUUCAUAUGCCUUGGAAAUCAGUGUAUUUUCCUUUAUACACUGGCUAACUCACUCAGCUGUGCAGCUUUUUGGCUGUGGGACUGUCCUCUCUGUCUCAUUGAAAUAGCUUGAACUCUCCCCUAAGCGACCGACGCAAUUUACUUUCACUUCCAAGGCAACUGGGUAGCUACGGGCCGCUGGCAUGGGGCAAAAAUCAGACACUUGGCCAACAAAGGGGUGUCCCAAGCCAUAAGGAACCAACAAUUGGACCAAAAACUGGAUAAGAAGUUUGUCGUGUUUUCGUAUUUGACUGGAUCUACAUUGAACUUUGGACUAUGACAGAACCUGAAGUAACUCCUGUUGUCUUUUAAGUUUUCUGCUGGAUAACUUCUGCAAGGCAUGGACAAAGCUGUUGACAAAAUCUGCAGACAGCAAUUUAUGCUUUGGAGACAGCGGUAGUUAUUUUGGUUAUGGGACAAUUGUCUGAGGAUCCCAGUUUUUGUUUGUUGACUUAACCUCUUGGACAUCUUCGGGACAGUUAUUUGCGAUGAGGGUUUGUGAAGCCACCAGUUGCCUGUCUGUCCUGGAUCAAGACGGAUCCAGAGGAGGGAGGAUAUGCAUUUCCAUGGCGCCAGGUGGUUGUGGACGUUUUCUCAUGUGCUGGGACAGAGAAUAUGACCGACACCUAGCAGCAGCAGUGGCAGCAGGGAAGACCAUGGCCACAGCUUACAUGGAGCCUAACCUGAACCACACCUUUCUUGGAGGAGCCAAGUCGCGCCUGAGCACCGGAGCGUCAGACCGGACUGUGGCUGGGUCUGUGUCUGGAUCUGUGGACCGGGUCCUCAAAGUCUUCCACUAUCACGAGACCAACACGGAGCACAGCUGCUGGUACUCCAACAUCCGAUAUGGAGACGCCACUGAUGUCAGGGGAAUCAUUCAGAAGAUCCUGGACAUCUACAAAGUGCGGUGGACGUCGUGUUUCGGGCUGCGCCUCAGUAACUCCUCUUGCAGUGACCAGGUGCACUGGCUGCACCCGGACCUGGGCGUUUCACAUGUGAGGGAGAAGUAUGAGCAGACCCGCCAGAACGAGGAGUGGAGGUAUGAACUGAGGAUCCGAUAUCUUCCAAAAGGCUUUAUCCAACAGUUUACAGAAGACAAACCGACACUGAACUACUUCUACCAUCAGGUGAAAUACGACUACAUGACAGAGAUCGGAGAUAAAGUGGAGCAGGAUGUAGCACUCAAACUCGGCUGCUUAGAAAUCAGGAGGUUCUACAAAGAAAUGAGAGGGAAUGCUUUGGACAAGAAAUCCAACUAUGAACUACUAGAAAAAGAUGUGGGUUUGAGGCGAUUUUUCCCCAAAGAGCUGCUGGAUUCAGUCAAGGCCAAAACACUUCGAAAGUUGAUUCAGCAGACAUUCAAACAAGUGGCCAACCUCAAUGACGAGCAGUGCAUAAUGAGGUUUUUGGAGAUCCUGGCUCCAGUCUACCGCUAUGACAAGGAGUGCUUUAAAUGUGCCCUAGGGUCCAGCUGGGUGAUCCAGGUGGAGUUGGCUAUUGGGCCCGAGGAAGGGAUUAGCUACCUCACUGAUAAGGGAUCCACGCCGACCCAUCUAGCCAACUUUAACCAGGUGCAGUCAAUCCAGUACUCGUGUAUUGAGGAGAAGGAGCGCAAAGGCAUGCUCCAACUCAAUGUGGCCGGAGCUGCAGAGCCUCUGACGGUGACCACAGCCUCAUUGACCACGGCCGAAAACCUGGCGGAUUUGAUCGAUGGUUACUGCCGGCUCGUAUCCAUGGAAACGCAUUCCUUUAUUGUCCGCGUCCAGAAAGAGGGAGAGAGAGCUCUACCAUCUAUUCCUAAGUUGUCCAAUAAUGAGAAAAAGUUAGAAGCAGUCAGAAGUGGAGUGAGAGCAAUUUCAGUUUCAGAAACAGACGACUAUGCAGAGAUAGUUGAUGAAGAGGAUACAUACACCAUGCCCUCAAUCAGCAAUGGAGUUGUCGAAGCACGGGACUAUGAGAUCCAGAGGGAAAGGAUAGAGCUGGGACGCUGCAUCGGGGAGGGACAAUUUGGAGACGUGCAUCAAGGAGUCUACAGCCCUCCAGACAAACCAUCGUUACCUGUCGCCAUCAAAACCUGUAAAAACUGCACUUCGGACAGUGUUCGGGAGAAGUUCCUCCAAGAAGCGUUGACCAUGAGGCAGUUCGACCACCCACACAUCGUGAAACUCAUCGGAGUGAUCACAGAAAACCCGGUCUGGAUUAUCAUGGAGCUGUGCACUUUGGGAGAGUUGCGAUCAUUCCUUCAGGUGAGGAAGUACAGCCUGGACUUGGCCACUCUCAUUCUAUUUGCCUAUCAGCUCAGCACAGCGUUGGCCUAUCUGGAGAGCAAACGCUUUGUGCACAGGGACAUUGCAGCUCGUAAUGUGCUGGUGUCUUCCAUUGACUGUGUAAUGCUUGGAGACUUUGGUUUGUCGAGAUACAUGGAGGAUAGUUCUUAUUACAAAGCUUCAAAAGGCAAACUCCCUAUAAAGUGGAUGGCUCCUGAAUCAAUAAACUUCAGAAGAUUUACCUCUGCCAGUGACGUCUGGAUGUUUGGUGUGUGUAUGUGGGAGAUCUUGAUGUACGGCAUCAAGCCUUUCCAGGGUGUGAAGAACAACGAUGUGAUUGGCAGGAUUGAGAACGGCGAGCGAUUGGCUAUGCCCCCUCAGUGCCCGCCCACUCUGUACAGUCUGAUGACCAAAUGCUGGUCGUAUGACCCCAGCAAACGACCACGAUUCACUGAACUUAAAACACAACUCAGCACUAUCUUAGAAGAGGAGAAGCUGCAGCAGGAGGAGCGAAUGCGCAUGGAGCAGAGGCGGCAGGUCACAGUGUCAUGGGACUCGGGAGGUCCUGACGAAGCCCCACCCAAACCCAGCAGGCCCGGAUACCCCAGUCCUAGAUCCAGCGAAGGCUAUUUCUCCAGCCCUCAGCACAACCACUUCCAAGCGCCUGGUCUCGGAGGAGGCAGCUUCCCCCAGUCUGAAACCUGGAACCAGCACAGACCUGAACACACAGCACUUUGGAGCAACAAUAUCGAGGACAAUGGAUGUGUGGGACAGGCGCUCAUGGAGGAGAGACUAAUGAUGCAACAGCAGCAAAUGGAGGACGACCAGCGAUGGCUCGAGCAGGAGGAGAGCUUCAUGCAGAAGACAGAAUCCAGAAACAGCAGAGGAAGCAUUGACAGGGAAGACGGCAUCUUACAAGCUCCGGGCGGAAGUCAACAUAUCUAUCAACCCAUCGGGGCACCUGAACCUGUAGCUCCUCCCAAAAAGCCACCCCGUCCUGGAGCUCCAGGUCACCUGACCAACCUGAGCAGCCUGGCGCCUGUGGAGAGUUACAACGAAGGAGUGAAGUUACAACCUCAGGAGAUCAGCCCGCCUCCUACAGCCAACCUGGACCGCUCCAAUGAUAAAGUGUACGAGAACGUGACCGGUUUGGUAAAAGCUGUGAUUGAAAUGUCCAACAGGAUCCAGCCGGCAGCCCCAGAGGAGUACGUACCCAUGGUCAAGGAAGUGGGUUUGGCUCUGAGGACACUGUUGGCGACGGUGGAUGAAACAAUACCUGUGCUACCAGCCAGCACACACAGAGAGAUUGAGAUGGCUCAGAAGUUGUUGAACUCCGACUUGGCAGAGUUGAUAUCAAAGAUGAAGCUGGCCCAGCAGUACGUUAUGACAAGUUUACAAAAGGACUACAAGAAACAGAUGUUGAUGGCAGCUCAUGCUCUCGCAGUUGAUGCCAAGAACUUACUGGAUGUGAUCGACCAAUCACGACUCAAGAUGUUUUCUCAGCCCCGCCCACAUUAGAAGAAUCAGACAUUUAAAUGUUUAUUUUGUGAAAUCCAAAAAGACAAAGGGAAAAGUCGAGCCGAAAAAUGGAUGAACAAUGACACAAAAUACUUUGCUCCUUCAAAACACUUAAUACUUCCUAUAUUUUGGUUGUAUGUUUGUACUCUAGUUUAACUGAGCAGAAAACUUCUCUCAACAAUGAUGAACUAUUGAAUUUAAUUAAUCACCAAUUGUUCUAUUUGAUCCAUUUUAAAAGUGCUGUGGACUUCUGUGGCUCAGAAAAAGGACUAAAAGAGACACUGACAUUAGAAUACUAUCCAAACAUGCAAGAACUGGAUGCCCGAAGAAGAAAAUGAAGUGUUUUUUAAAUGUGUUUUUAUAUCAUUAUUAAUUAUGAUUAUUUGCUGCCUUAAGUUACAAGGUUGUGUGUCUGUCUUUCAUGUGAAUAGUAUAUAAUUGACAAUAACUGAAGAAAACAAAAACUUAAGUUAUCAAGAAUAUGCAGAUAAAAUAUAUUUUUGACAUAUCGAAAAUUAGAUUUACAGGCCUGAAAAAUGAUUCAGGAUGAAAUGGGCAUAAUCUUUAUUCUUUAUAUUCAAAAUAACUGUUUUAAAGCAAUGGGUGUAAAAAAGCAAACCAUUGUUUUAUACUAUUUACAUUUUCAAGGAUAAUCAAAAACUAUGGUCAGCACACAAAAGUCAAUAAAACACUGUGAAAACUGAA